CUCCUCCUCCUGCGUCCUCCUCCUCCUCCUCCUGCUCCUCCUCCUCCUCCUCCCUGAUUUCGGAGCCACUGGGUACGGUAGUCGGUGGGCAGGAAAGGGGCAUGUCGGGCGGGCAGGAGAUCGCAAGGAGGCGCCAGUUACUUGCGCUUCUUUCGGCCAGAUCCGAGUGGCGCGCGUUUUUACGCGCGGGGGGCGCUUCUGGAGCGCGCCGUGGCUUUGUGGAGAAGCCCGUUUCCUCCUUUUCGCCCGACGGGCGGCUGAGCAACGGACCGGACCGCACUCAGGACGGUAGAUGGCGGGGUGGCUGUUCAGGUUUUUCAAACCUGUUGGAUCGAACGCCGCAGCAGCUUCUGCAUUCGGGCGAUGCUCUAAAUCGGUUGAGUCCCCAGCCUUGCUGACAGAUGGCCUAAAGGAUUUCCCUACUUGUAAAGCUCAGCAUGGAUGCUCAGCCUGUGGUCCUGAGUGUGGGCUCUUCUCCUUACACCACUCAGAGUGAUUUUCCAGUCCCGCUGAAAAAGUUUUAUCAGGGUGAACCUUUGGCUCUGGGGAUCACACAGAUAUUCAUAGGAAUCAUACAAAUUAUCUUUGGGAUGCUGAUCAACAUAAUUAAUGAGAAUGAGAUUUUCUACCUUGUUGUAUGGAUGCCCUAUUGGAGUGGAAUCUUGUACAUCAUCUCCGGAUCCUUAGCUGUGGUAGCUGCUCGGAAUCCCAGGAUGCCUCUGGUACAAAGCAUGGUGGCCAUGAAUGUGUUAAGUACUGUAGCAGCUGGAUUGGGCCUGGCAUCCCUGUUCGUCAGCUUCAGCGUACUCUUUCCAUUCGAUUUGUCUUGGUAUUGCCACAACCUUGAAAUAGAAAUUCAGGAAAAGUGUAAUCCAAUCCGGAAUAUUGGCAGAGGAAUACUGAUUGUUCUUACUCUGUUCACCGCCCUGGAGUUCUGUAUCACCAUUUCAGUUGCGUCUUUUGGAUGUAAGAUGCUUUGCCGAGAUACCUUCCCUGAAAAAAUUGUGGUCGUUUAUCAGAAUGUGUCUCCUGCCAGGGCUGAACAAUGUCCUCCCCUCGACUGUAAACAGGAAGGAAUUCAGUCCUGACUUGCUUUUCUUUCAUAGCAGCCAUUCUGGAGUGCAUUCACCUCCUGCAUCUUGAAGCCUUACACUUUUUUUAAAGGUCGUUUUUGAUCAGGGGAACAUAAAGGCUUUUAAUGGACGAAGGAGGGGCAAAGGAUCAUCUGUAAAAGAUCUUGUCAAUGUUCAUUGUUGCUGGUUAAAAUAUCAUUUAAUGAGCGGGUCGGCUGAGCCGUGGUGGCGCAGUGUUUAGAGUGCAGUACUUCAGGCUACUUCUGCCGGCUGCCGGCUGCCUUCAAUUUGGCAGUUUGAAUCUCACCAAUGGUGAAUCACUUCUGAAAUUGUUGCCAAGAAAAUAUCAUAGACUUGUCCAGCCAAUCCAAACUAUCAAAACUGACUCAAAGACCCCACCGAAACAAAACAAAACAAAAAUAGUUAGGAUUCUGGUUGACUUGGUAAGUUGAUUUGGGGUUGAUGCCGUUGUUCCUAAAUUGUAGGUGGCAGCCGCAAUGGUAUAAGACAGUGAUGGCAAGCCUUUUUCUUAUGGCAUGCCAAAAUUGGGUGUGUGCCCACACCAAUUUAA